UCCUGAGCACGCUGGGCUGUGGGGGAACGCGGUGGCCCCCGGUCCGGCCGUGCCGGGCUCGGCAGGUGGGGCGAGGCUAAUUAGUACCUGUGGUGGCAGCAGGGGCUGAGUCACCGCGUUCGUCACCGCGGGCCCGCGGCGCCCAGCCGCCCCUUUUUUAUUAUUGUUGUUUUUUAAUUCCCCGGCUGAUUUGAAAAGCAAAGCAGGGAGGGCCCGGCCAGGAAUUACUGCAGGGAGACCCUGCUCCGGGCUGGCCCCCAGUACCCAAGGGGCACCCGGGGGCUUGGGGUCCUUGUGGGGCUGCCGAGGGGUUCAGGGUGACCCUGGGAAGUGGCUCAGGAGUCUGGGGGUGCCUGGGGAGGGUAACUGGGGUUUAGUGAUGGGUAAUGUGGGAGGUGCAGGGUUGGCUGUGGAGCUUCCUGGGAGUGCAGGGGUCUCCUGGAAGGCCAUACGGAGGUCUGGGGCUCGUUAGAGGGACAAUGCAGAGGUCCAGAGCUCUACAGAGAGGUCAUAUGGGGGUCCAGGGCUCUCCUAGGAGGUUCCCUGGGGGUCUCGAGCUCACUGGAGGAACAAUGUAGGAGUCUGGAGCUCAGCGUCAGGGCCAUGUGAGUCUCUGGGCGUUAAUGGGAAUAUUGUCUGGGGCUCUUCUAGGAGACCAUGUGAGACUCCAGGGCUCAUUGGAGGGACAGUGUGGGGGUCUGGGACUCAGUGUCAGGGCCACGUGGAUCUCUGGGGAUCAACAGGGGGGCUGCUGGGGGGUCCAGGGCUCUCCUAGGAGGUAAAGGAGACAGCUACCCGAGGGGAUCCUGGCUUUUCCCAAAGUAUGACCUCCCCCCAGACCCCUGGACCACCCGCCUCUCUCACGCCCUCGUCCCCGCAAGGUCGCCCCUGGGCUCCUCCACCUGCGGCGGUGCCGGUGGUGCCGCUGACGACGGUGCCGGUGGCCCCGGUGGGGCCCCCUCCUUCCCGCCGGCGGCGGCGGCGAGGCGUGGCAGCGGGGCGGGCCGGACGGGCCGGGACGGAGCCUCCCUAGGGCUGGGGAGCGCUGAGCCGCCGCUCACCUGCGCAGGGCGGCCGGGCUGGCCGGGGCCCCCCGCGCCGCCGCCAUGCAGGAGACUAACGCCUUCCUGCUGUCGGCCCUGCAGCCCGAGGCCGGCGUCUGCUCCCUGGCCUUGCCCUCGGACCGGCAGCUGGACGAGCGUGGCCGGGAGGCGGCCGAGACCCAGAGGCUGCGCAGCGCCCGCGUCCAGGAGCAGGUCCGCAUCCGCAUGAUGCUGCGGGGGAACGCGGCGCCCACCCGCCCCGAGGACAUCGCCGACGGCAGCAGAGGUGGUCAGUACGGCACGACCCUGCACUCCUCCUUCAGCUCCCGCUCCCAGAGCAAUGGUGUGGACCCCAAAGCCUCGCUGUACCAGCCGCUGGCCAAGAAGGAUUUCGGCACCCUGCGGGGCAGCGGCUGGUCCUCCCGCUCGGCCGUGGACCUCACCCCGCACAAGCGCGUGGCCACCAUCAGCAACGGGGGCCUGGCCAAAGCCCGGGGCUACGGCGCCGGCUACGCGGCCUCGCAGGCGGCCAACACCUCGCCGCGGCCCAGCUCCUUCCACGAGCGCACCUACCGCAGCCGGCAGAACUUCGACACGCUGUCGCUGCGCUCCCUGCGCCUGGCGGACGGGCCCCUGCAGCCCCCCGGCCUCGUCGACGACCGCUACAGCGUCCUCUCGGAGCAGCUGGACGCGCCGGGGCACCGCCCGUUCUACAAGAGCCAGGGCGGCGGCGGCGGCUUCGCCCGCUCCUUCGCCUUCGAGCGGCAGCUGAGCGCCGGCACGGCCGCCAAGGCCGGCUGCGAGUGGCUGGAGGGGGCCGAGGGGCCGCCGAGCCGCACCAUCCGCGCGCCCGCCAUGCGGACGCUCCAGCGCUUCCAGAGCAACAACCGCUCGCGGCUGAGCGCCGGCUCCUUCGGCGGAGUGUCCGCGGGCGGCACGGGCGCCUUCCUGGGGCUGGGGGAGCACAGCUCCCGCGCCCCCUCCGUGCGCAGCCUGGCCGAGUCUGGCCACCACCUCCCGGAGCCGCGCGCCAUGGAGAUGUACAACGGGCACGGGACACUGCUCGGGCACCACGCCGGGGGGUUUGACGACAUCGACCUGCCCUCGGCAGUGAAGUACCUGAUAGCCAGCGACCCCAACCUGCAGGUGCUGGGCGCUGCCUACCUGCAGCACAAGUGCUACAGCGACAGCAGCGCCAAGAAGCAGGCCCGCAGCCUGCAGGCCAUGCCCAAGCUGGUGAAGCUGUUCAACAGCCCGAACCAGGAGGUGCAGCGCCACGCCACCGGCGCCAUGCGCAACCUCAUCUACGACAACGCCGAGAACAAGCUGGCGCUGGUGGAGGAGAACGGCAUCUACGAGCUCAUGCGCACGCUGAGAGAGCCCGACGACGAGCUCCGCAAGAACGUCACAGGGAUCCUGUGGAAUCUCUCCUCCAGCGACAACCUGAAGGAUCGCCUGGCGCGGGACACGCUGGAGCAGCUCACGGACCUGGUCCUGGUCCCCCUCUCUGGGUUGGGGGGCUCGGGUGUCAUCCAGCAGAACCCCUCAGAGGCAGAGAUCUUUUAUAACUCCACAGGCUUCCUCAGGAACCUGAGCUCUGCCAGCCAACAGACCCGGCAGAAGAUGCGAGAGUGCCAUGGGCUGGUGGACUCCAUGAUCCACUACGUAAACAGCUCCCUGGAAGUGGGGAAGUCAGAGGACAAGAGCGUGGAGAACGCGGUCUGUGUCCUGCGCAACCUCUCCUACCGCCUGUACGACGAGAUGCCCCCGUCCUCGCUCCAGCGCCUCGAGGGCCACAGGAGGGGCGCCGGCGGCACGGUGACGGGGGAGCUGGUGGGCUGCUUCAGCCCCCAGAGCAAGAAAGCCCGUGAGCACUACCUGAACGCGGACAUCGUCACCUUCACGGAGGUCUCCAAGGACCCCAAGGGGAUGGAGUGGCUCUGGAACCCGCAGAUCGUGGGCAUCUACAACCGGCUGCUGCAGCGCUGCGAGCUCAACAAGCACACGACGGAGGCGGCCUCGGGCGCCCUGCAGAACAUCACGGCCGGGGACCGCAGGUGGGCAGGGGUGCUGAGCCGGCUGGCGCUGGAGCAGGAGCGCAUCCUGAACCCCGUGCUGGACCGUGUCCGCACCGCCGACCACCACCAGCUGCGCUCCCUGACCGGGCUCAUCCGCAACCUGUCCCGCCACGCCCGAAACAAGGAUGAGAUGUCCACCAAGGUGGUCAGCCACCUGAUCGAGAAGCUGCCCGGGAGCGUGGGGGACAAGGCACCGCCCGCUGAUGUCAUCGUGAACAUCAUCGCCGUGCUCAACAACCUGGUGGUGGAGAGCCCCAUGGCUGCCCGCGACAUCGUCUACUUCGACGGCCUCAGGAAGCUCUUCUUCAUCAAGAAGCGACGGGACAGCUCGGACAACGAGAAGUCCUCCCGAGCCGCAGCCAGCCUCCUGGGAAACAUGUGGCAGUACACCAAGCUCCACCGGGACUUCAAGAUGAAGGGGUACCGGAAGGAGGACUUCCUCAGCCUGUGAGGACACCCUGGGAGCUGGAAUGCCCUGCUGGGAUGCUCCGUGCUGCCGGCCAUGCCCUGGGGAGGCUGCUCGCCAUCAGACCCCCCCUCUGUAGCCUAGUCCCCACCACAUCCCGUGCGCCUCCCCCUCUGCUGGGUCCCCUUCCCCUGCUGAGGGACACGUGUCCUCCCUCCUGCCCAGCCUUAAACCCAGAGGCUGCUUUUGGCUCUGCUGUGGGGCCCCACAGGGACCCCGUUAGUAGGGGUCUGCCUCACAGCACCCCCUGGGGACCCUCCCCACCCUCAGGCAGCUGGCUGCAAAACUUGGCUUGUCCCGCAUCUUGACAGAGGGGCAGGAACCACAGGGAUUUGGGAAGGCUCCUGUAGAGCAACGCUGGGUCAGGGGGGCUUUCAGGGCUGCUUCAUCCCAGCUCCCUGAGCUGGGUGGGUGUUGGUGCCCCGUGCCAGUGUGGGAUGUGCUGUGGAAUACGUGUGCUGUGCCCCAGCUGGGUGGGGACGGGGCUUUGCAUGGCUUGGGGGGCUUAGAGGGCUCUGAGGUGGCUUCCCACAGUUAACAGGGUGGCACAGGGGCUGCAGGGAGCGGGAUGUGGUGCUGCGUGCCCCCUUUGCCGGUGCUGGCGGGUAGAGGGAUGUGUGUGACUGGGGCUGCCCGUGCCCUCACUGCAGGAAACCAGGGGUGUCCCUGGAGCCCAUCUGUCACCCCGUGGGGACUGUCCCAGCGUGGCAGAGCUGCCGCUGCCGCUCCUCCCCAGCUGCUGCCAGGGCUGGGCCCAGCUGGCACGGCGGGAGCAGGAUCCGGGCAGGGCUGACCGGGUCGUGUUUGCUGAGCGGCGUCGCCCCGUGGGUGGGGAGAUGCCCCCGGUGCCCCCAGCUGCCUCGGUGCUGGGCACAGGUGGGGCAGCAGGUCCAAAGCUCGGCCAGGCGGGUGGGCUGGGGGGUGGCUUCGGGCUGCCAGCGGGUUUGGGGCUGGGGGCACAGCGCACCCCGGGGGGAACGAGGUAGAGUAGGUAGAGGGCUGGGAGGGUUUGGGGAAGUGGGUGGUGCUGCCAGAAGGGUUGCAUCCAGGCCUGGCCCCCUCGGUGAGCAGCACCCGGCGCGGUCCUGGCUGGGGGUCACGGGGUGUUUGCCUCCCCAGCUCUCCGUGUACAACCCCCCUGAGCCCUGUGUACCCCUGAAAUAAAGGCCUUGAACGAUGCC